AUGAAACCUGGCACUCAACGGUGCACGCACUCUCCUUCAGUUGAGUGUUCAAUUGGUGCCAAUGGGCGCGCCGUCUGCAGCCCGCGAUGUCAAAACGGCCUGCUGAGCGGAACUCGACCGUCAGGCGAUGCAGCGAGUUUGCCAAAUAACGACGGAAUACGGAGUAAAAGUAGCGCAGCCUUGGCAAAAGCGUCAAAGAUCCGGGGUCUUGGCAGCCGCAUUUUCUCGAUUCCUCGCGAAAAGGCUGCCGAUCGGCACUCGUCGCCCAAACGGAAAAGAGGACCUUCGGUGCAAGCGAGCCUAGAGGCUGGUCGACGAGCUUGGCUGCACUCCGGAGGCCAGGCGGGAGCUUCACGUGUCAUGCACGACGGAAAUUUUGGGGCAGUUGGAGCCGCACAGUAUUUAUUUUUAGCCGCGAGAAGUGCUGGCGCCGGCCACAGGAUAUUAUGUACAAAGCUGAAGCAACGUGCCAGCGGUAUCGGGUGA